GAAAGCCAGCGGCGCUCGGUGCGGCGCCAUGGACCUGGUCAUCACGCAGGAGCUGGCCCGCGCCCAGAGCCAGCAGGAUGAGGCCGCCCUGAAGAGGGCUUACGAGCUGAUCAAGUCGGCCAGCCUCGGGAGGUCAGAGUUUGACCCCAUGGAAAGCUUCAGCCCCGAUCUGUUUGUUUUGUGCGCAGAACAAGCCCUGAAGAUGGGGCACCCCGCGGUGAGCGAUGACUGCCUCCGGAUGUACUUCAAGGUGAAGGGGCCCGUCACCCAGUUCCUGGGCCGAGCGCACCUGUGCCGGGCCCAGCUCUGUGCCCCCAAGUCCACCGAAAACCUGGAGGAAUUUGAAAAUUGUGUGACUCAGUACAUGAAGGCAAUAAACUUUGCAAAAGGGGAACCCAGGUACUACUUCCUGGUGUAUAACGCAUCGGUCCUCUACUGGCAAAUGGUGAGGCCGUUUCUCAAGCCGGGCUAUCACCACCAUCUGCUCUCCAGCUUCUCCCAGAUCGUCAGUGUGUUAAACCAGACUGAGGAGGAAGACACGGAGUGGCAAGCAGAGCUGAUGCUGGAGCUCCUGGACUGUUAUCUCCAAGCCGGAAAAAAGGAAGAGGCCGCGAAGCUUUGUGCCACCGCGGCGCCGUUCAUAAAGGCUAACGUGCCGCACAAACACCGACACAUCUAUUCCGUCAUGGUGCGGCAUGGACUGGCGGACGAGCUUCAGUUAGCGGAAGAGAAGAAAACCUCCACCAGCCUGGCCGUCACUUACCACAUCAAUAUGCUGAAAGCGAAAUUGGAUAAGAAUGAGUUGCCUGAAGAUGUGGACGCCGUUCUGAAGAAGGCCUACGGGUGUUUAAGUUCUUACAGUCACCAGCGCUCCCCUGCGGUCCGAGAGGAGCAAAUUCUUCUGCUCUGCGAACUGGCCCGGCUUUCUCUGGCCUUGAAGUGCGAGGAGAUCGCCUCCGCCUGCCUCUCCGACCUGCAGAGUGUCGACAGCAGAGAUCCUGGGAAGCUGAUUGAAAUCGAGUGCCUGGAGUGUGAACUGGAAGCUUUAAGUGUCGAACGUAAACUUAAAGUCUAUGUCCGAGCGGCCGUUGAGGUGCAGCUGAACAUAGUACAGAGGCUCGACGUGGCCCUGCAGCGAGCCGUGCGCCUGGGCGAGCCGGGGCUCAUCCACGUGGUGUGCGCUACGCAGUGGAACACGUGUCUCCCUCUGCUGCAGCACAGCCUGCGGCGCCAGCUGCGGAAGCCGCUGAGCAACAUCGCCGACGUCCUGGAGAAGGCAGACAGCCUCAUGGUCCUGCUCCGCUGUCAAGUGCACAUGGAGAUGGCGCACAUUGAGGAGGACGAGGACCGGCUGGAACCGGCCAUCCAGCACCUGCAGAAGGCUGUGCUCCUGGACAGCCUCGGCCUCUACCAGGACACGCUCACCAGGGCCUUGAACCGGCUGCGCCUGUGCACCAUGCUGUACCAGUGCCCCGAGCGUGCCGAGGACAAGGCCAUCAUGGCCAUUGAGCAGGCAAAGAAGGCUGUCCCCAAAGACAGCGUCAGGAAGAAGCGGGCUCUCUUGGUGAACGCGGGCCUGGCACUGGCCCCAGACACCUUCCAAGUUGUGCUCGACAGUGAGAAUGAGGCCAAAGUGUCCAUGGGGAAAGUCAGGGGCCGCUUCACCUACCUGUUUGCGAAGGCACGGCACCACAUGGUCAGCGUGGACAAAGCCGCUGGGCACCUGCGGCGUCUGGGGACCGAGAACGACAAGGAGAGAAUCCAAAUCUGGGCGGAGCUCGCCAAAGUGUCCCGGAAGCAAGGCGUGUGGGACGUCUGCCGGGCGGCGAGCCGCUUCUGCCUCCUGUACGACAACGUCAAGGUGAAGAAGCUGGCGCGGCUGAAGAAAGGAAAGAAGAGGAAGGGUGGAGACAGCCCGGCCCAGGACACCGGGGGCCCGUCGGAGGUCACCCUGCAGAGGCAGGCGAGCCCCAGCCUGCUGCGCACCUUUGCGGAAGUGGGCUUCAUCAGCGCGGAGGCUACGGUGCACUUGCUGCGCUCGGAGGGUGUGGAGCUGAACAACCGUCCCCGCCCCCCGGAGGACCUGAGCCAGCACUCAGCCGGCUACACGGUGGAGUCCCCAGAGGACAAUGCGCAGUGGAUCACGUACCAGACCUGGAUCGAGGGUCUGUCGCAGAGCGCCAUGAACAGCUGGCUGCGGUCCGCCGAGAUCGGACGAGAGCUCCAGGAGGGCUGGAUCGUGCAGAACGCGGUGGUCUACGUCCUGAACCACAACUACCACCUCAUUGUGGCCGGGAGGCAGAGGGAGCUCGUGGACACCUUGGACCACCUCCUGAGCAUUGUCAAGGCCACGGGCCACAGCGGACACCCCACCGUGCUGGCCAUGCUCUGUAACACGCUGGCCCGAGGCCUGAUCAUUAAGUGGAUUCCAGCCCACGUGCCAGAAAAAUCGAAAAGACCCUUUCGCUCAAACCUGUUUCACGCCCCACUGGACUCGGUGGCCAGCUCUGAAGUCAGGACCGCCGUGGAGGUCUGCGAGUUUGCCCUGAGCCUGACGGACGGGUCUGUGCCCGAGGAGGUGGUGCCCACCAGUGCCCAGCAGCAGCUCGUCGCCACCUGGGUGAAGGGGAAGCAGCUGCUGCAGCAGCAGGUCGGGCCGCGGCUGGGCGUGAACGAGCAGAGUCCCAACGAGGACAUCAACUCGGUGAUGCAGGUCCUCGUCGCUCUGGAGAUGUACUCCUGCAACGGGCUGGGCCUCAUGGACUUCGCCGUGCCCCCCCUGGCCCAGCUGGUGAGGGUGGCGUCCGAGUGCAGCUGGCCCGACCCGCUGGUGGAGCUACAGACCCUGAUGCGGCUCACGCACCUUGCCCACGCGGCACACGACUACGAGCUCACCAUGCUCUGCUCGCAGAAGGCCACCCACAUGGGCAUCAGACACCUGCGGGCGUGCAACCCGGUCGAGACUGAACUGGUGGCGGAGAUGCUGAGCACCACAGCCUGCAUCCAGGGCAGGAGCAUCAUGGAGAACCUGAAGGGGAGAAAGCAGCUGCGCCUGGCAGCCGCCAAGGCCUUCAUAGAGAGUGCCAAGUUUGGGGGCAUUGCAAGGAGCAGCGCCCUGGUGAUGGUGGCCGUGAGGCACUACUGGAACACCUGGCUUCCGUUCCUGUCCUCCGCAGCUAGCAGGAGGACAACCAAGAACGUCCUACAGCGGAUCAUCUGCAUCAUCAACAAGACAGAAGCGAAAAAGCAGGGAAAAGGGAAGGUGCUGCUUCUUCACCAGUGGCCUACGGCGGACUCCCACAGUGGAGGGAUGACAGAAGGUCACUUUCUCCCAGGUGCCGAGGACGACCUGACGCUGCGCGCUGCGCUCUACGGGCUGCUGUUCCACUGCCACGCGGACCACGGAGACUGGGAGGGCGGCCUCAAGGUGCUGGACGAGGCCGUGCAGGUGCUGCCACGGACGGCCCACCGCCUCUUGAUUUUUAAACAUAUGGUUAUUGUGAAAGCCAGACUUGGCCAGAACUUCACAAUGGAAAUCCAGAAGUUCAAGGACGAGAGGGAAGAUUAUCAGGCACACAUGUGGCGCCGUCUGGCCUGGAACUCAAGGAGCGUGUCCGGGCAGCUGGUCUGCCACCACAAUGCCAUCCGGGCGCUGCAGAAACCAGAGAAUGAGUGGCAGAAAGUUGAGUACAUCCUGGAGCUCAGUGAAUGGCUGUACCACAGGCAGUUUCCUAUGGAAGAUGUGAUUUUCCACCUGAAGUGGGCGGUCGACAUCCUGAUGCUGAUCACCCCGGCCAGGGACACACCUGAGGGGGCAGAGGAGCCACUGUCCACUCAGGAAGCCCCAGAAAGCAUGGUGUCCAAGGACAUGGGGACAGUCCCCGUGGAGGAGCUCCGGAACGUGAGACAGCUGGAGGCACUGGCUCGGGCCUACACCCUGCUGGCGCUGAUGGUGUCCCCGAGUGCCGCUGGCUAUGAGGAAUAUUGCCUCCUGGCCUACAUGUGCCUCAGGCGCAUCUGGCAGGUGUCUUUAUUAACAGCAGAAAAAGCAAUUUCAGAAAGUAAAAUUCUAGAAGCAACAGUCAGCUCACCUUUGUUAUUGCCUAAGAAAGAGAAGGAGAAGAAGAAGGGGAAGGAAAAAGAGAAGGAGAAGGAAAAGGACAGAGAGAAGAGCAGAGACCCCAAGCAGCAGCAAACCGCCACCACGGCCAAGCAGCUCCAAGACGUGCCGGCCAGCGUGGAAGAGUGGGCUUCCUACUGCUGCCCAGAAGGAGUGGUGUCGCUGUUCAGACACGAUAACAGCGACUUUACCAUUAACCCGUCAAGCAUCCGGAAGCCGACGUACACUUUGUACUAUCUGGACCAUUUGGUCAGAGCCCUGCAGAAGCUGUCCCUUCACGAGCUCACCAUCCCGCUCCUGCAGCUGGGCGCAGUCGUCGCGGCCGCUGUGGUGGACAGCAAGAGCCUCGGAGACCUCUACCACCUGCGACUUGCCCUUGCUUGUUCCGACUUGAAGCUGAGAGAAGCAGCUACUCACCACGAGGAGCAGGCGGGGCAGACGUACAUCUACGAUGUGGAGCAGGCGAGCUGCAGAAAGGAAAUUGCCUUGAGAAAGGAGAAGAAUAAGGAAGCGGUCUUAGACGACAGCGUGCCGACUCCGGCUGAGCCCGUAACUGCAGUGUCGCCCCCAGAAACGAAGCCCCUCGUGGCCCAAGACAAGCUCCUGACGGUGAACGGAGACACCGGGCGGGGCCUGGAAGGGACGUCCUUCCCCCAGCUAUGGCUGCUCAAAGCCGAUGCGCUGCUGGAGAUGGACCUGUACCAGCCCGCGAGGCAGCUGCUGGCGGAGGCCUGCCUGGCCUUCCAGGAGCUUGGUGACCCUCAUUCGGAAGCAAAGUGCCUGCACCUUCUAGCGCAGCUGGCGAACAAGGAGAAAAGCCAUGCUCGCGCCCUGAAGCUGGUGGAGCAGGCCCGGCGUCUGGGGGGCGACGAGGAGUUCUGGCACGGCUCAGCGCUGACCCUGGCAGACGCGCUCCUGGCCAAGGGAGGCGAAGGCAGCAAAGUGACGGCCUGCCGGGAGUUCCAGAGACUCAUCGACGUCUUCAGGGACCUGCAGAGGGAGAGACCAAACCGAGCGCCCGUCCUGGAAUUUAUGAGCACAGACCUGGAAGCCAGAUGUGUGAGGCUCCGGAUCAGCGCCGUCGAGGACCUCGCUGGCCGUGGGCCUCCCGAAUGCUUGUUCAUGCUGACCCAGCUGCACGAUCGUUUGACGGAGAUUGAGAAAAAGCUGACCGCCUGGGGCUACAAAGAGCAGUGUGUGGACAUAAAACUAGAGCGCGCAAAGAUAAAGAGAUUAUGCGCCCGAAACGAGAGAGGGGAAGAGCAGAGAACGGCGUAUCACCUGGAGGCCUACGACUUGGUCCAGAGCGCCGUGGCCGAGGCAGAGGCGCUGUUUCUCAGUGUGCGGGGCUUACUGUCCUCGCAGGAGAGCGUCAGCACACCCCUGACGAGGAAGCUGGCGGGGCUGCGGCUCCACCUGGCCGAGGCAUCCCUGGACCUGCUGCAGCUCACGUGGGCGGAGGCGCAGGCCCGGCGGCUGGGGCAGGGCUCGGCGGACAGGCUGCUGGCCGACUACCUGCACAGCCUGAGCGACGUCACCUCCGUGGACCUGAAAUGGUUCACGCUGCGGCGGACCCUGGCCCACGUGGCGCUGGCACAGCUGGGGAGCCUGCACUCGCUGUCCGCAGGCUGCGUGGAGAUCCGGGCGCAGGUCCUGGGCCUGGCGGGGAAGGCCCUCCGCCUGCUGGCUGUGCACACGGACCCCGAGCACCCCGCCUGCUACUGGGAGGACGGCCUCUCGAGCUGCUUCCCCACACACGCUGCACCUGCCCGCCGCUGGGGGUUCUGGGCCAGGGCCUCGGGGGUCCAGGUUGGCGAGAGGCCUGACCGCUACCUGCAGCACAUCUCACCGAGGGGUCCCACGGAGACGCCCCAAGCCGCCGCUGAGCUGAGCGGCCCUAAGCAUCUGGAGACCACCCCCGAGGAUGGGGUCGGCCGGGGUCACUCCGAGGAGCACGGCAGGAAGGGCUCAGACCAGCAGAGGGUGGCGCUGGCCCAGCGGUUCCUGGCCCAGGCCUCCGAGCUGUUGCUGCAGUGCCUCCAGGUGGCGCUGCGCAGCCGCCGCCUGGACAUCGCCGCUGCCGCCAGCCUGGACAUGGUGGAGUGUAGCGGCGCCCUGGACCCCGCGGUCACCUGCCAGUUCCUGGCGCUUUCUCAGAGCUGCUUGGCUUCGGAGAUGAUGCGGGACGUCCUGGCCACGGCCACGGCCCACACCGGCAGCUCGCAGCUGGCAGCCCUCCUGCACCUCGAGCACCAGCUGAGGCAGAAGGGGAGGACGUCCACCAGCUUGUCUGCGAGUGUGGAGCAGAGGCUGGAAGUCAUCUCCAAGGCUUGGCAGAAUCUCAGGGUCACGGAGCAGCACUUGACCCUCCUGAACGAAAUCCCGCCCAGCUUUCGGGUCCUCACUCUGCAGCACUCGCCGGACAGGACGCAUCUGUACUGCGCUGCCUAUGAGAGACCCAGGCCCGUUCCCGCAGCCAAAGGGAAGUUGCUCCAAGCGGGAGGCUCCUGCAAGGUGGCACGGGUGGCCGUGAAUCCAGACACCCUCUCCUGCCUAUUGGCCAGUGCCCAGCAGUGCAGGGAGAUGGCCGAGGUCAACAAUGAAGACCCGGCCCCCAGCUCAGGCUUGGAAUUGGAAAGUGCGCGCCCGGAAAGGGAAGGACGGUCUCUGCAGCGAUUCAGUGACAUCCUUGCGUCCAUGGAGGAUUACCUGAGGCCGCUGUUCCCAGUGCUCAGCUGCCCUGAGGCCAGAACACAGAUUCCCACGGCCGCUGCAGAUUCCCACGGGAAAUCAAAGGGCAAAGACAAGGAAAGGAAAGUGUCCCUGUCCCAUGCCGGUGUCCCCCCCCGGUCUACAGUUCAGCUCGACGCUGCAGACAACGUCGUCCUCAUUGUGGACAAGCAUCUUCUGGAGCUGCCGCUGGAAGGUCUUCCCGUGUUCGAGGAGGGGACGGUCUCCACUCUGUCCCGAGACUUCUCCCUGCAGAUGUUGUGCAACCGCCUCCGUAAGGAGGAGACAGCCGAGGGGGCCGUGAGGAAGGAGGGCCGAGGCAGGAAGAGGAGCCCCGCGAAGAAGGGACAGAAGGACGCCCCGCCCCGGCACCUCCCCCAUGACUGCAUCGUUGUCGACGCCGACAACUUCAAGUUCGUCGUGGACCCCUACGAGGAGGCGCGGGGCAUCGAAAAGCUGACUCCUGUCUUCGUCACCCGGGACAUCUUGGAAAGAUACCGAGACUCGCUCACUGCGUUCUGGGUGGGGCAUCUGGGAAGCAAGCACGUCCCCAGCCAGGCCGAGUGGGAGCAGCUCCUGGGCAGCUGCAGCGGCUUCUUCUUCUACGGGAUGGAGAGCUUCCUGUCCCACGUCCUGGUGGAGCGCUUGGCUGCCAUGAACCUACGAGAGUGCCAGAUGAUGGUCCUGCUGGACCUGACGCGGUCCUACGAGAGCAUGCAGCGGCAUAUGGAGAACUCCGAGAAGAAGAGUGUGCCCCAGCUGUCCUUGGAGGACCCCAUCAAGACCACCAUCCUUCUGAGUCUGGUGGGGGUCAGGAGCAUCCUGGCAAACCAGUGGCCGACAUUCCUGCAGGACAACGCGCUGCGGGCCAGCAUCCUGUGGGAAAACAUGCUGACUGUUGGCCGGCCGAUCGGGAGAGCAGUCCGUCUCCUUCAGAGAACGGGAGCUGGUGACUCGAGGAGCCACGGCGAGCCUCCGUGGGCCUCCAGGGACAAGCAGCUGUCCCACCUGCCGCGGCGCGGCGACUCCGAACGGCUGUCCGUCGUCCUCAACUUGGUCCUGUACGGACUGCCGCACCUGGCCAUCGGGGGACCCCCCCAGGGAAGGACGUAG